ACUGUCCCUCAGGUUGUGACACGUUGAUACAUAUAUCAGAUAGGGCAAUAUUUUCCCUAUCUCCUUCUUACUUACUUAGCUAUUUGACGGCGCUAAAGUGAUAUCAGUGAUGCCCAACAAAACUGAAAGAGCGACUGGUUUGUCUGUGGAUAGGAUUUCCCAGAAUCAUACUAUAAGGAUGAUGGAGCUUGUUUUUCUGCUCACCUUCUUUCCUGUCACACAAUCAGUGAGACACUCCCUGACAUAUUUGCUGACUGCAUCCUCUGGACUCCAAACCUUCCCAGAGUUUGUGGCUGUUUCAAUGGUUGAUGAAGUUCAGGUGGGAUACUGUGACAGCAACAGCAAGAGAGCAGAACCCAAACAGGACUGGAUGAAAAAAAUAGUCAAAGAUCAUCCUCAUCACAUAGAGUGGCACACUCAUUCCUGUGUGUCUACUCAUCUGGAUCGAAAAGCUGACCUUAUCGAUUUGAAGCAGCGCUUUAACCAAACUGGAGGUGUCCACAUUUUACAGGACGUGGUUCGUUGUGAAUGGGAUGAUGAGACUAAUGAGGUUAUUGGUGUGGAUCAGAUUGGUUAUGAUGGAGAAGACUUCAUAGUAUUUGACCUGGAGACACUGACAUGGAUCGCUCCAAAACCACAAGCUGUCAUCACCAAACACAAGUGGGAUAGUGACAAAGAUGGCUCAGACAAAAUGAAGUACCUCCUCACCAAUAUUUGUCCUCAGUGGCUGAAGGAGUACUUGGACUAUGGGAAGAACUCUCUGAUGAGAACAGAGUUUCCCUCAGUGUCUCUCCUCCAGAAGACUCCCUCCUCUCCAGUCAGCUGCCACGCCACAGGUUUCUACCCUCAUAGAGCCAUGAUGUUCUGGAGGAAAGAUGGAGAGGAGCUUCAUGAGGACGUGGAACACGGAGAGAUCCUCCCCAACCAUGAUGGAUCCUUCCAGAUGAGUGUUGACCUGAACCUUUCAUCAGUCACACCUGAAGACUGGAGGAGGUACGAAUGUGUGUUUCAUCUCUCUGGUGUGAACGACGAUAUUGUUUCCAAACUGGACAAAGCCGUGAUCAGGACCAACCAAGAGUUCCCUGCUGGUCCUGUUAUUGGAGGUGUUGUAGGACUGCUGCUGCUCCUGGCAGUCUGCAUCACUGGAGUCUUCAUCUGGAGAAGAAAAGAUAAUGGAUUUAGACGAGCUAACUCUUCAGAUUCGCAAUCCUUUGAAACUUCAGUCAAAGAAGCAGCUCUUAAUUGAUCACAGGGUGGGUACCUGAGGGCAGGCUGAUUAGCAGGAUGGGACACACCUCGGCCCGAUGUGCCUCAUGUAUAAAGCUGGAGAAGCUGCCAGUUCUCUCUCUCUAUCAGUUCUCUGUCCUGCAAACUCCUGUGGAUGUGCAGAGAGCUCAGUAUUUAUAUUUGUAUCUGUAUUUUUUGAGGCAGCAAAAUUAUUUGUAUUUGAGUGAA